UGGGGAAGACUUUGACAAGAAGCGAUACUUUACGUAGAUUUUUGAUUACAUAGAGGUAAUUAUUGGAGUUUUAACUAUAGUUUUAUAAUAUACCAUGCCAGGCCGAAAAUGUGCGGUCUUUGGCUUUGGAUCGUGUAGGUGGACCAAAGGAAUUGGAAUUUGGAAACUGCCAAAAGCAGUCGACGUGAAACAUCGCGAAUGGCGCGAAUCAUGGCUCGGACAACUCAAGAAAACUCGGGUAAUUGACUCCGAUUUUAGAGAGCAAAUCAAAAACGAUCGAGUCAACACCUGCGAGAAGCGUUUUUCACCGAAAGAUUUCGAGAUAUUUUCUACUGACAACACAACUCCAAAGAAGCCGAGAUUCGACCCAUUAUCUAAGCUAAAUAUGCCGACGAAAAGCAUUGAAUCUCGCAAGCCAACGCUGAGACCAGAGCGUCGCCAUCAUCUAGCAGAUUCAGUUUGCACUGACGUCAACUCAGAUGUAUGCUGAUGACAUUGCAUCCCAUGUCCUGGUAUUUAUGGUGCGUUGCAUUUGCACUGAACUUAAGUUUGCCUUAGCUAAUUUUGCUACCAAAGGAAUUACAUCAUAUCAGCUCAUACCCUUGUUCUGGGAAGCAGUAUGCCUAUUAUAAAUCAC